AUGGCUGCCAUUCUGGGCCAUGCUCCUCCACAGCUGCGCCCCAGAGCAAGAGGCUGCGCAUACAGAAAGGGGAUCUUGAAAAGGAAGCAAUGCGAGCAAAGAAUAGAGGAGGAGACCACAGAAAAACGUCGUGUUUCUGGAACACCGAGCUCUGUACACGAAGAGAUGGGAUGGCUGGAAGGGUACCAGCCAUCUUGCUGCCUGCGUGAGGAUGAUGUCUACACAAGAAAGGCAGAAUCACAAAGAUCACCAAGAAGCCCAAAGGAACCUUGGCAGCAGCAAACCCUGCUCAUCUUGUUAUGUGAUGUGAUGAAUUGUUUACACCAUUUUGAGUCAGUUUUUGUUGAUAUUCUCCAGCAAUCGUGUACUUUAAUCCCCAAGGAGUUUCAUAUAGGAAAAUAG